AUAAUCAUUCUACACCUUUGUUGAAAAUAAAGUCUGUAAGAUGAAAGGUUGACUUACAGACAGACGGAAUAUAAGAAUUGAACCCCCUCUUCCCCAUUGUACUUGUCAAUCCGGAAUUGCCAAUGUUGGUUCGCGUGUUACAGUGACCAAUAUGGCGUCUGGAUCGAAGAAACCCAAGCAAAUAAGUACAAAUUCAGAAGAAACCUCUUGUAGCAAUCAAAGUGAUAGCUGUCAUGUAUCUAAUUCUAGUGAAGGAAGCAGUCCAAGUAAAGAUGUCUCAUUUUUUUCAACACCAGAAAGUGAUACUGACAUUAAAAGGAGGAAACCGAAUUCCAUAGAGCAGAGUUCGUCGCAAGUCAAUAGUGAUACGGGAAAUUACUCAAAGGUUCCUCACAAUCUUAGUGACUGGGAGAAGAAACACAUUGAAAAUCUUAAUAUUAAAGUAUCUUAUCGACCAGAUAUAUCCCCUUUGCAGCUAAUAAACAGAACAAUUCAGAAAACUGGGCUCCAAAUCUUUGAGGUUCGAAGGCUUGAUCCGGAUGAAGAAGAAAAAAAGAUUGUGUCUCUAGUCAAAUAUGUCCAGCAGAGUAAAUUUAUGGAGAUGUUAUCUAAAAUAAAUUAUCUGACAUUUCGUGAUUUGAGCAGGAAAUCCUUGAAGGGUUUAGACAUGUAUGCAGACGACCGAUACCAGUGUUCAUUUAUACCUGAUGAAUUACCAGAGAGUCUUAAAUUAUGGUUUUACAGGUUUCACACUCAUGGAAAAAUGUUUGCUCACAUUUUACAUAAGAUGGUUGAAAACAUGGAGGAAGGCAUUCAGAAUUAUCAAUGUCAUUUCCAGCAUUUAUUUGAAACGUUUACAAAGAUGUUUGGAAUGUUCAGUUUUGUAAGUUUAAUGCCUUGCAUUGAGGUGCAGAAAAUGAAUAUCAUGGAUACAGAAGUUUAUGGUGCUCCAGAUAUUCUUUACUCUUGCCACUGUUGGAAACCUCCUGUGGAUAAUGAAAUGAAAAAAUCUCGUAUAGUAGCCAUAUGUGAGGUGAAGAAAGAAGUACCUUUAUUCAAAGAACACCAAAUAUCUCUAUCUCCAGGCAGCAAAACAAGAGAAAAAUCAAGGAAGCGCCUGUCAACAGAGGAGAUAUCUUCUUCUUCAGUGUCCUGCUCAACAACAGUGAAAAAAGACUUUCCAAGCAUGUCAGAUAAACUUAUAGGGCAACAUGGAGGACAAAUGCUGUUGAAUUAUCAGCAAUCAAAUAGAUGUGAUUUGAUUAUUGGUUUGGUUGUUCAAGAGACAAAAGUCACAUUCACUGCACUUGAAAUGACAGAUCACCAGUACCAGAGAAUUAAAGAAGGGAAAAUCAUUCACUCAGAAAAGAAUAGACCUACUUUCACUUUCACAAAAGCUUAUGAUUUCCUAAAGGUAGAAGACUUAGAGAACAUAAUUGAACCAUUUAUAAGAUUAGGACUAGAACAGCAUAGAGCAGUAUAAAUGAGACUUGGAGACUUUGAAGAUGAGAGUGUUGAGGCCUUUGAAUGUUAAUUGUCUCCUUUUUAGAAGAAAAAAAUUACAGGCUUCUGUUUCAGAGGUUAUAUUGUGAAGAUUUUUAUGAAAUGGAAAAAAGUUCUGUACACAGUUAGAUUUUCACUGGAAUAACUACCACUACCUUUAAAACAGUAUCAAAAUCUGCUUCAAACAUCAUGAAUAUAUGCUGUGAAAUGAAUUUAUAUAGAAAUUGUGGUGUUAAUUUGUGAUUUUUUUAAUGUUGAUUUUGUAAUAUUCAAUUAAAAAGAACUUUAAUUGUGUGGCUAACUUUUAUUAUCUUUGUAGAUAAUGAACUGAAAUGAAAACUGGCAAAAUAAACCAUCUUUU